AUGAAUAUGUCAUCAGCAAGUGUACCCCGUGCGCAUCGUCAUCAUAAUCAUCAUCAUCGCCAGCAACAGCAACAUAAUGUAGCUUUAUUUGGCUCACCGGGUCCUGCAACGAUGUCUGCUCCGGCAACGCCGAAAGGUAGACAGGAGGUUGCCCGGCGUCAAGCCCGUCGUCCGAUCUCAUUCAAUGCUAAGAUUGGUGCUAAUUCAUGCUAUGCUGGUUCAAACUCAAUGAGUAGUGGUUCAUCAGUGGAAGCCAAUAGCGAUAUGGAAACGAGCUCAAUUUGUUCAAGUGCUCCAUCUUUGAGCGAUGUCGGAGAGAUGUCAACUAUGCCAACGACACCACAAAAAUCCGCAUUACGUCCACCAUCUGGAAUGCGUGUACAUCCACUCCGUCUCAUCGCGGCUGUCGCUGCAUCAUAA